AUGGCGUCCCUGGAGGAGGAGCUGACCUGCUCUGUGUGCCGCGACAUCUUCGGUCAAGCCCACCCCCUUCCCUGCGGCCACAGCUUCUGCCCGGCCUGCAUCCGUGAGGCCUGGAGCAGCCCGGCCGAGGGUAAAGUUCCCUUUACCUGUCCCCAGUGCCAGGAGGAGCAUGGUGAAGUGUUGUGCGACUGCUGCUCCCCUGAGACAGAGAAAGGGCAGCCGUCACUGGCCGUCAAAACCUGCCUGAGGUGUGAGGUGUCGUUGUGCAAAGAACACCUCCAGCCCCAUCUGGAAAGGCCGGCGUUUAGCACCCAUUUGCUGGUGGAUCCGCUGGGCGACCUCUCCCAGCGAAGAUGCCCAAUACACACAGAGAUAUUCCGCUACUAUUGUGCAGAUGAGAUGGUAUACUUGUGUGGGGACUGUCUGAUUGAGGGAGGCCACGUUCAGCACAAAGUGAAAGCACUGAGACAAGUGGAAGAUGACCUGAAGGUCAUUCUCCAGACGCUGCUCAUAAAAGCAGAGGAAAAAGUGAAAGAUGGAGAGAGAAUCCUCAAGGAGCAUGAGAAUGUUGAUUCCACUAUGGCUGACUCCAUAAAAAAGGACGGUGCCCAGGUGGAGCGCCUAGGCUCAGGACUGCAGGUUCAGGUGACAAAGCUGGUGGUGGCCCUGAGGGACAUCACCAAGACAGAGAGGCAGCAGGUCAUUGAUCGUGUGCACCAGGACUGCUCCAAGCUGAGGGACGACAUGAGCCAGACGCUGAGCAUCCAGCACUACCUGGUCUCACUGCUGGCAGAGACCGACCCCUUUCUGCUCAUCUGGGCCUUUCAAUCAGAUGACACAAGGUUAGUCGCUGACCUGAGCAGCCCACUCUUUGUCCCUGAGGCCGUCAGUCAGGACAGAAAGCAUAUCUUGGAGGACAUAGAGAACAAGUAUCGAGAGUUCAUCACCUCCACCCUCCGAUGCCUCAGUGAACUCAAGAGGGAGCUCUUAACCAGUCCUUUGAGUCUGGACACAAACUCUGCCCAUCCUCUCUUGAGCAUCGCAGACGACCUUCGCUCAGUGACGCGAGUUAAAAGCCGCCAGCCCUGUUCAGCCCACCCUGAACGCUUCGACCACUGGCCGCAGGUUCUCACCGUCCAGACCUUCUCCUCUGGGACUCACUACUGGGAGCUGGAGACUAAGGGAUUCUGGGAUAUUGGCGUCUGCUAUAGAAGUAUUGGAAGAAAGGGGAAAGAUGCCAACGCCUUUGGGAACAACAAGGUAUCAUGGAGCUUGACACAGCAGCAUGACAGGAAGCUGGCCGCCUGGCACAACCGCAGAAAGACCCGCCUAUCGUACCAAAUGACCACCAACCGAGUCGCCGUGGCAGUGGACUACGGUGCAGGAACCAUCACCUUCUCUGAAGUGGGACUAUCCAGCAACCUGACGCACCUUCACACCUUCUCCACCUUGUUCACUCAGCCCGUGUGCUUGGGCUUCGGACUCUACAAAGCUGAUCUCAACAGCUGCAUCUCUAUCGUCAAAGUCUGA